GCAGACUAGUCCAAAAGGUAUAUAAAAAUACUUUUAUUCAUCCAAAGCAAAACAGAAAAAAAGAGUUUUCAGUUUUAUAAUAUAAGGUCUCUAUAUAUAAUAUUACUCAUCGCUUUUUGAGUAUAAGUCUAAGAACCAUGGUGAAGAAGUCACCUGCCGCCAUGGCAAUACUUAACUCUCUCUGCUUCGUUUUCUUAUCACAUGUGUUAGUUCUUUUAUCAUCAUUUUGUUCAGGAACCAAAUCAGGGCAUUCAUCGAAACAUGUUGCUUUCUUCAUCUUCGGCGAUUCGUUCUUGGAUUCUGGCAACAACAAUUACAUUAACUCCACUACUCUUGAUCAAGCAAAUUUCUGGCCUUAUGGUGAAACUUACUUCAAGUUCCCAACAGGAAGAUUUUCUGAUGGCCGUUUGGUAUCGGACUUUAUUGCUGAAUAUGCUAACCUCCCUCUGAUUCCACCUUUCCUGCAACCGACUUUUCACCAUUACUAUGAUGGGGUGAAUUUUGCAUCUGCUGGAGCUGGUGCACUGGUUGAAACUUUCCAGGGGUCGGUGAUUGAUCUGAGAACACAGCUAAAGUACUAUGAGAAGGUAGAGACUUGGUUGAGAAAUAAGUUAGGCAAUAAUAAUGUUGAAGUUAAAGCCAUGCUUUCAGGAGGUGUUUACUUGUUUAGUAUUGGUACCAAUGAUUAUACGAGCCUAUUCUUGACCAAUUCCACAAUUCUAAAUUCCUACUCCAAAUCAGAAUAUAUUGGAAUGGUGAUUGGCAACAUAACAAAUGUUAUCAAAGAAAUUCAUGCAAGGGGAGGCAGGAAAUUUGGGUUUAUAAACUUGCCAGAAGUGGGCUGUUUACCCGGCCUUAGAAUAAUUAAACCAGACAACAAUGGAAGCUGCUUAGAAGAAGCUUCAUCAUUGACAAAAUUACAUAACAAAGCUCUUUCAAAGCUUCUAAUAAAGCUAGAAAACCAGUUGGAGGGUUUCAAAUACUCGCUCUACGACUUGAACAGCAAUCUAAGAAAAAGAAUGAAACAUCCACGCAGAUAUGGUUUCAAGGAAGGAAAAGAAGCAUGCUGUGGGACCGGGCAGUUUAGAGGUGUAUUCAGCUGUGGAGGGAAAAGAAUAGUGAAAGAGUUCGAUUUGUGUGAGAAUCCUAAUGAAUAUGUCUUCUGGGACUCUUUCCAUCUCACUGAGAAGGUCUACAAACAAUUUGCGGAUCAAAUGUGGAGUGGGGUUGAAGAUUCUCACACUUUAGGGCCUUAUAAAUUGAAGGAUCUCUUCCUAGUCCCAUAAGUCCUACUCAACAUGUUCUUCUACCGUUGAUAGGAAUUUAGAAUACCAAGACAAGAAAAAAAAAAAAAUGUUGCUUCUAUUCUUUGAUUCUAGUAAUGAAUAGCUACAUGAGCUCUCACAUUUUGAGAUAAAAAAGUAUGCAUGAUUUUUGCAUUGUUAGUGUAAACGGUCAAAGCUUAUUAUUGUUUAGUUUUCACUAUUUCAACUUGGGUUUCUCAAUCCUCAUGUAGCUGUCAAAAACUGAAUAGGAAAAAAAAGCAAAGUUUUA